UAGCAGAAACUAAACAAGGAAGAUGCUUCCUGAAUAAGGUGGGAUCCAACAAGAGCAAAGAACAGAAUGUACUGGUUUGCUGUUUUCUGAGGGCCCAAUCAACAGAACAACUCUUAAUGAAGAAAAUCAAAGGCUUAAUUAACCAUCUGGUACAUCCAUGAGUCUCAGUGAUUAAUUACUUGAAGAUCAAUACAUUUGAAUUCCACCAGCCUGAAAAAUGGAUGAAAAUAAUGAACCUGACCAGCCCAUCUCAGCUGGGAGGCAAGAAAUUCGAAAGAGAAGGCGGCCCAGCCAACCAAUGGUGGAUAAGUCCCAGCAGACUGAAGCAGUAGAGAAAAACAAGUAUCCAUCCACGCCACCAUCAUCUGGCCCCAAAGCGACCCUUAGUAUUGGCAAUAUUCCUGCAAGUAAAGUGAACUAUGAGUCUCUUAGCAUUUCUUCUCAACUUCAGCAAACGUGGACAAAAAGAAAGCACAGACAGGAUAUGCUUGAUAAAUCUCUACAGACAGACAGAGCUUCAGAAGAGGAAACGGGAAAAGUCAAGUCCGUUGGUGAAGCUGUACCUAGGGACAAGCCUGAUGCUGUGGCAGGAGCGGUCCAUGGCUGGGAGGUAGAAAACACCCUGGGUAAACAACCGUUGCAACUCAAGAUAGACAGAUCUCAGCAAACCAGCUGUACUGGAGACUGGACAGUGAUGAACUUUCCUCAGAUAGAGAGACACGACAAGGGGCAGCAGACCUGCUUUAGUGAAUCGGAAAUAGCUGGUACUGUCAGGCCUUGCACUUCUUUCUCAAAGUCAAAGGAAAGUAUGCAGAAACGUAAAUCCUCGGGGAAGAUUUUCAUCAGUGAACACCCUGUAUUUCACCCAGAGCCAGGUGGUAAUGAAGACAUGGGGGAGGGAGGUAUCAGGAGACUGUCAUUAGGUCAACAAACCAAAGGAAGUACUCAACUCGUUUCAGAAGAUGAGCAGGGAAUUCCAAGAGAGAUCCACGGUGAAGCAUUUUCUACAGCAGCUGAUGAAACUACCAAAGAGAAGGCCCUGGCUGAAGCCCAGCCUCUACCAGCUGAGGCUGCCACUGCAGAAGAGGCCCCAGCUGAGCCUCAGCCUCCACCGGCUGAGGAGGCCCCAGCUGAACCUCAACCUCCACCGGCUGAGGAGACCCCAACUGAACCUCAACCUCCUCCAGCUGAGGAGACCCCAUCUGAACCUCAACCUCCACCGGCUGAGGAGACCCCAACUGAGCCUCAACCUCCACCGGCUGAGGAGACCCCAACUGAGCCUCAACCUCCACCGGCUGAGGAGACCCCAACUGAACCUCAGCCUCCACCGGCUGAGGAGAUCCCAACUGAGCCUCAACCUCCACCGGCUGAGGAGACCCCAAGUGAGCCUCAGCCUCCUCCAGCUGAGGAGACCCCAACUGAGCCUCAACCUCCACUGGCUGAGGAGACCCCAACUGAGCCUCAACCUCCACCAUCUGAGGAGACCCCAACUGAACCUCAACCUCCUCCAGCUAAGGAGACCCCAACUGAACCUCAACCUCCACCGGCUGAGGAGACCCCAACUGAGCCUCAACCUCCACUGGCUGAGGAGACCCCAACUGAACCUCAACCUCCACCGGCUGAGGAGACCCCAACUGAGCCUCAACCUCCACCGGCUGAGGAGACCCCAACUGAACCUCAACCUCCUCCAGCUGAGGAGACCCCAACUGAGCCUCAACCUCCACCAGCUGAGGAGACCCCAACUGAGCCUCAACCUCCACCAGCUGAGGAGACCCCAACUGAGCCUCAACCUCCACCAGCUGAGGAGACCCCAACAGAACCUCAACCUCCACUGGCUGAGGAGGUCACUGCAGAAGAGGCCCCAACUGAGCCUCAGCCUCCACCAGCUGAGGGGGCCACUGUAGGAGAGGCCCCAGUUGAAGUCCAGCCCCCUCCAGCUGAGGAGGCUCCAGUAGAAGAGGCCUCAACUCCAGCCCAGUCUCUUCCGGAUGGUAAGGCUGCCACAGGAGAGGCCCCUGAUGAGGUUCCUCCUCCAGGAAUGGAGGCUACAGCAGCUGAAGCUGACGCUAAGUCUUCACCAGCUGAAAACAUCCCUUCAGGAGAGGGCCCAGCGGAAGCCAAGUCUCAGUUACCUGAGGAGGCAUCUGCAGAAGACGCCUCAGCUAAAGGGCUCUCUCCCCUCGCCCAGGAGAUGCCGACAGACGAGGAGGCCACCACUGAGGUUCCGUCUCCAGAAACCCACCCUCUUCCUGCCGCACAGACCCCGGCUGGAGGUCAGCCUGCGCCCACUGAAGGUGCAGAAAAUCUUCCUCCACCCACCCAAGACGCCCCUACAGAGCAGGCCCCAGCAGAAGCUCAGCCUCCGUCCACUGAAGAGAACCCCACGCAAGAUGAGUCUCUAGUCAAGGAGGAGACCUCAGCUCAACGUCAGGCUGCACCCGCUGACCACGUCCCUGAAGAGGAGGCCGACAUGGACCCGCAGUCUCCGCCAGCCCCAGAAACCUUGGCACGCGCACCCAUCGAAGAGAUCUCUAUCUCACAAAGCUCUCUCCACAAGAUCCCUUCUGACUAUCAGCCUCCAGCCCUUGAGCAGGUCCCUGAGGACAUGACGCCAUUAGAUACUGCAUACACUGAGGUCAGCUCUUCUGAGACCAUGGGUGCCCAGGUGGUCGGAAAGAGGUCCCUGGUUUUGGAAGCUGAGAUCAACGCUAUAGAAAUUUUAGAACUGGACCCUAAUUCUAAAGAGCCGCCCAGACGCGAGGACAAGUCCCCCACUAUUGAGAUCGAGGGCGUCAUUAGUAUAGAGCUGCCGCUAGGGUCUUCUCCUCAGGUGGAGCCAGGUGUUAACUAAGUCAGCAAGCAGAGGCCAGCACCUGCAAGGGUGCGGAAGUAGGUCUGUGGAUAAGGAAAUGAAAGUAAGCUGCAGGAAGGGGCGUUGGAACGUGAACAGUAAAACCAGCAAUAAAGACUGGAGGCUUUAUUUUAAUUACAUGUGCGGUUUUCAUUCAGACCUAGGGUGUGGAAAUACCUCUUCUGAAACAGAGCUAAGUUUGUGCUUGAAA